CCAUCACCUUAUCAAUCAGCAAUUCUCCACUUGGUUCCACCACCAAGAACUUUUACGUACCCACACUUCUGGGGCUCCGCCGAUCUCUUAGCACCUACGCACCUUACGCACUUGGCAUUGUCAACUGGUAUUUCUAUCAAGACCCCGAAAACCCCACAUCAACAGGAAUCAAAUAUCCCUCCCCGUCUAACGACACGAGCACCAAACAACACCACACCAGACUACACCAUGGCACCCAUGUCGAGACCCACAUUAUGUAGAAACGAGUCGAUGCAAAAGUACAUGCUUCUCUCAGCCCAGAAAGAAGCUCUCCAGCGCCGCAUGGCUAUGGAGAUUCCUUUCAACGCACCUAUGGCUGCCACUUCCCCGGAGUUUCAAUCUCUUUCGUCAUCGCCUACCUCACCAACAAAGUACUCAACGCCGUUCCCCGCAGCCAGUGAACCCGUUACCGUCAGCUCAAGGACCGGCGGAACCCCGCGCAACAGCAUCGACGACAUGCACACUGAAGAAUCCCACAAGCUCGCGGAGAUCAACCAACAAAUCGUCGCUACACUCACCGAACUCAUGAAUACAGAAUGUAUCCGCAACGACGAGAAGCAGCGUGCCUGGGUCCAAGGCCGCCUCAUGGAAGCCGAACACCAAAUACGUCGUGAACGUCGCCGUCACUCGUCAAACGCUGGCGGCGACUUUGCAGACGCCAUCGCACAGCAUCUCGAGCUUGGUCUCAACACUUCCAAGACUUGGGCGUAAACUCCCGCCUUGACGCACGUCUGUAUGAAGCGAUGACGUGAGGCUUACGAUGAUUACGAUCGUUCUCAAAUCUUGUACUUGCGAUGGGCGCUUGCUUUUUGGCUGGCAAUGGCGCAAUGGUUCUGAAAUGAAGU